AUGGACACGCUCUCCCACUCCCGCUCGCCUUCGCUCGAGCAGCCAUCGCCCACCAGUCCGAUAGACAAGCAGACUUCUAUCGACAAGCCAGACAAUGACCAGCAGCAGUCCAAGACAGGAGCAGUCCAGGUGGGCACCUAUGACGCAACGAGCGCGAAUGGCAUCCCUCUCACGACUUAUGAGCGCAAGGCCCUUCUCAUCAACAAGGAGCUCGACAUCAUCGGCAUGGGACGCUAUCAGUGGUGCCUCUUCUUCCUCUGCGGGAUGGGCUACUUCCUCGAUCUGCUCUGGGCUCAAGCAUUCGGCCUGCUCGCCUCGCCUCUUUCGAUCGAACUCAACGUCCAAGAGACCAUUGGCAAUAUCUUUACCGCUUUCAGCGUCGGUCUCACCGUUGGCGCUCUCUUCUGGGGUCUGGCAGCAGAUGUGCUCGGCAGGCGCCUGUGCUUCAAUCUCACCUGCCUCAUUGCAGGCAUAUUCGGUACCAUCUUUGGCGCGAUCAGUAAUUUUGACGGCCUCCUCUUCAUCACUGCCGUCAUCGGGCUGGGUAUAGGCGGCAACAUCCCCCUCGACAGCUUGCUUGUGCUCGAGUUCAUCCCCAACAACCGGAGAAUACUGCUCGCUCUCUUGUCGCUCUUUCAGCCGCUGGGCGUUGUCGUUUCUUGCGCCAUAGCAUACGGUCUCAUCCCGCCCUUCUCUUGCGAUGCAUCUCUGCCAGCUUGCGGACUCGGGCAAGAGCCAUGCUGCACCAAGGCCUCGAAUUAUGGCUGGCGAUAUAUGACAUAUACGCUCGGAGGAAUCACGAUCAUCGUCUUCAUAUUGCGAUUUGUGGUCUUUGAUCUGCAAGAAUCGCCGAAAUUCCUCCUCGCGCAAGGUCGGGAGGCAGAAGCGAUCGCCGUGCUCGAACAUAUUGCGCAUUUCAACAAGCGGCCAUCACCUGAGCUCACUCUCGAAGAUUUCGAUAGGAUCACCAACGAGAGCACGGAAGCGACAGCAACAGAUGAAGACUCGGGCAAAUUCAGACGUCCACUCACAAAGGCGGAAGCAACUCGGAAAGUCGUACGCAAUAUGCUCGGCCGAUUCAAGCAUCUCAAGGGCAUCUUUGCCAAUCGAUUCCUCUCGCUGACAUUCGUUCUGCUCGCCAUUGGCUUCAUGGCCGAAUUCUGGGCAUUCAAUAUCGCCGGCGGAUUCUUGCCGCUCAUAUUGCGUAACAAGGGUAUCGCCGCAGAUGUGUCGAUUUAUACGACAUAUCAGCAUUACUUGAUCAUCUAUGGGGCUGGAGGAGUACCUGGCGUACUGUUAGGCGCUUUUCUGCUUCAAUUGCCUCUCAUCGGGCGCAAAUGGGGCAUGGUCAUUUCCGCCGCCCUCAUGGCUGUCUCGCUGUUCCUCUUCACGGUCAUCAAUUCCCAAGCAGGAAAUGUGGUCUUCAACUUGCUGGAGUAUCUCUUCCAAUCAGCGCUUAAUGCGAUCCUAUACGCCUUUGUACCGGAGAUCUUCCCCGCUCAAGUACGAGGCUCCGCUUCGGGUAUGCUGUCUACGCUCGGUCGACUAUCGGGCAUCAUCGCGCCCAUUGCUGCGACCCAGACGUACAAGUCAUCUACCGAUGGCGUUCUCUACCUAGCCGGCGGCGGUGCGCUCGUCGCCAUGGUCGCAUUUGCUCUCUUGCCGUUCGAGACACGAGGCAGACAGACUUAUUAG